GGGGCGGAGCUCCGCCCGCGGCCCCGCUGCCGCCCGCCGCCAUGGCGCUGCCGCCCGGAAAGGGUUCGGAGCUGAAGCGGCUCAUCCAGCAGCAGCUGCAAAAGAUGGACGUCCAUGGCAGGAUCCGAGAAGUUCUGGCGGAGACGAUACGUGAGGAGCUGGCACCUGAGCAUCAGCAGCUCUCCAUGGAAGAUCUGAUAAAAGCCUUAAGACAACGAGGAAUCAUCGACGACGUUAUGAAAGAACUUAAAUUUGUCACUGAUGUGAAUGGAAAGGAGAGGACUUCAUCUCCAAAACCAUCAACACAUUUUGCUGAUAGAGAACCACCAGUUUUGAAAAAAACUAACAUUGACCCAACACGAAGGUAUCUUUACCUUCAGGUUCUGGGUGGAAAAGCUUUUCUGGAACAUCUUCAGGAACCAGAUCCUCUGCCUGGCCAAAUCUGUUCUACUUUUACUCUGUGUCUACAUUUCCGAAAUCAGCGUUUCCGUACUAAACCUGUUCCCUGUGCUUGUGAGCCUGAUUUCCAUGAUGGUUUUUUACUUGAAGUUCACAAGGAGAGCCUAGGUGAUGGGAGUAAAAUGGUGGAUGCAACCACUAUGUUAUCUGUAUGUGAUCCCGUGCAUAUGGUUCUGAUCAGAACAGACACGUUUGGGGAGACUACGCUGGUAGCAUCCUAUUUCUUGGAGUGGCGAUCUGUCUUAGCUGCAGAGAACGGCAUCACAAAUAUUGCUGUUGAACUCCUGGGUGUAGGUACAGAAUCAAAGGUUUCUGUCGGCGUUUUGAACAUCAGACUUGAAAUGUAUCCACCGCUUAGUAAGACGCUGUCUCCAGAAAUAACAAACACUCAGUUCACUUUGGAACGUCAGAAGAUAGCGGAAAAAGAACGUUUAUUUCUUGUGUAUGCUAAACAGUGGUGGAGAGAAUACCUGCAGAUUAGGCCUACGCACAACUCAAGGCUGGUAAAGAUUUUUGCACAGGAUGAAAAUGGAGUAAACCGUCCAGUAUGUUCAUAUAUCAGACCACUUCGAGCGGGCCGGUUGCUAGACACACCUAGACAAGCAGCACGAUUUGUCAGUGUCCUAGGUUAUGAAAGAGCUCCUGUCAUUGGAGGAGGUGGUGGCAAACAAGAACAGUGGUGCACACUUCUUGCGUUUAUAUGUAGAAACAAGGGUGACUGUGAAGAUCAUGCUAACCUUCUGUGCAGUCUUCUUCUUGGCUAUGGAUUGGAAGCCUUUGUAUGUGUAGGAACAAAAGCAAAAGGAGUCUCCCACACGUGGGUAAUGACUUGUGGAACUGAUGGAACAAUUACUUUUUGGGAGAGCUUAACAGGACAUAGGUACAUUCACAGACCUAUCAACCCUGAUGACCCUCCAAUAGUUGAACAGCCCAAGCCGUUGUAUCCUUAUCGCACGAUAGGUUGUGUCUUCAACCAUCAGAAGUUCUACGGAAACUGUCAGCCCUCUGAUGCAGUGGAGGUCUGUGUGUUUGACUUACACGAUGAGUCUAAAUGGAAGCCCAUGAGUGCAGAAGCAAUAAAAUCUGUGUGUUCUCCUGGAACUGCAUCUUCAGUUCCCCCUUUUCCUCCUUUGUGUGCUUCUGCAAUAGAUGCAGCAGUGACAAGCAACGAUUUAGAAUUGCAACUGAGAAUACUUGUCUCAGAACACAGGAAGGAUCUUGGCCUUUCUACUGUUUGGGAUGACCAUCUGUCCUAUCUAUUGUCACCAGCGUUAGCAGCCUACGAGCUUGAACGUGCAACGGGUAUUUCUGCAGGAAAUGAGGAGUUUCAGGAUGCUGUAAGGAGAGCAGUACCUGAUGGUCACACGUUUAAAGGGUUUCCAAUCCAUUUUGUGUACAGAAAUGCAAGGAGAGCAUUUGCCACAUGUCUUCGGUCUCCUUUUUGUGAAGAAAUAAUCUGUUGUAGGGGUGACCAGGUGCGACUUGCUGUUCGUGUACGUGUGUUUGCAUACCCUGAAUCUGCAUGUGCCGUUUGGAUCAUGUUUGCUUGUAAAUAUCGCUGUGUCCUCUGAAAAGCAAAAUAAUUCAUACCUCUCUAGAUGUGCAAAAUAAGGUACUUGCAUAUGAAGUUAUGCAACUGAACAAAUAUUGUACUUUAUAUAAUGCCACUGAUUUUGAAUGUGGCGGUGUGUUUGUAGUGAAAUGAAUUGUGUACACAGUAAUGAUUAUAUUUAUACAGAGAACUUUAUUUUAAUAAAAGCUACUUUUAAUACUUACAGGAAUGUUGGUCAAGUUAUUAAAGUGCAUAUGUACAAUAUUGGUUUCUCUUUCACAGUUCUGAAUUAAUGUGAGAACUAAUUUAGAAAAUAGUCUGUUUUAUCUCUGUGUCAGUGGUGUCCAGGGUGUUCUUUAUGAAUGAGUGAGAGCCGCAGUUACUGAAGUUCAUUUAUGCUUCCUUGGAAACUUAUUUCUGCCUCUUUUGGGGCUAGCAAUAGCUUCUAAGGGCAGUCAGCUAUAAGUAAUACUGUUAUAAUGCAACAAAUUAUGAUGGCUUUUUAUGUUUAAAAACCAGACUUGGACACCUGAACACGUUAAUAGCUGUGCUGGGUUUGAUAAUGUAUGUCUGACCUCAUCCCUUUUUCCUGAAAAGGUAGUGGAUGAUUGGAGGGACAAAAAACAGACCUGUAGAGGUUCUUCUCUACACAACUCUGUGGUUUUUGACAGUCAAACUUAGUAGGCUUUUGAGUUAGAAGUUGUUUAGGUUAAUAACCAGUCCUGAUUUUGUCAGAUUUUCAUACUCCCAUCCAUACCUAAUUAUCUGUCUGUGGUUUUGAUGAUCUUAAACACAUGGAUGAUUUUUAUGGGUGUCCUCUACCCUUUAUGCUUUGAGAAAUGGCAACUGUGCCCUCCCUUCCAUGUUUUUUACCGUGGGAACUCUAGCUAUCACUUCCUGAGGCUAAAUUGAAACAAGUUAACUGCUUCUAUAGAAGCUACUCUUUGUCUUCGAUUUCCUGUGUCCACCUUCUUUAUUCUGCUUGGCAGAUAAUUCGGUUGGUGCUGAACUAAACAGUCAUGAAUAAUACUUGAGAAGCUUGCAACACAUGCUGCGCCUGUGGACCAUUAAAUAACUAUGUCAAGAUGUGUUUUACACUGUGUAACAGGCAAAUAAAUACAAUUUCUCCCUU